AUCUGUUUCCCCAACAUCUUGGAAAAUGGGUUGAAAAAUAACGCAGAGAGGAAAAUGGAGCUACUCCAUUUCAGCCAUGAUCAUCCAUUGAUUCUCACCCAAGAACACCAUGACGGCGGCCUCAAAGUUCUCUGCAACGGCUGCCGGCGACCAAUCUCCGGCCCUUCCUAUUCCUGCCGCAAGUGCAGCUUCUUCCUCCACAAAUGGUGCUCUGAAUUCCCCCGAGAAAUGACGCAUCCCUCUCAUCCCAAACACCCCCUCUCCCUCUUCCUCAAUCCCCCCACCAGCCAUUGGACCACCAGAUGCGAACUCUGCGAAUCGCUCUGCAACGCAUUCAUCUAUCGCUGUUCCAACUGCGACUUUAAUCUCGACCUGCCCUGCGCCUCGAUUACGCUCCGUAUUCGGCGCAUGGUCGAGCACGAGAGCCACGCACACCAGUUGAUUCCCAUCCACAAGCCCACCCGGUUCUUGUGCGACGCUUGUGGUCGAACCCAUGAGGGCGAAUCGUAUCUCUGCACCACCUGUGGCUUCUGGGUCAACCAAGAUUGUGCUUCUGUUCCAACCAGUAUCAAUCUCCGUCGCCACCGUCACCCCCUCACUCUCAUCUAUUCUAUUCCAUAUAAAUACGGGGCUUACUGUGAAAUCUGCAGUGAGGAACUGAACAGAGUGUUUUGGGUUUAUUGUUGUUCGGAAUGCCAGUAUUUCGUCCACGUAGAUUGCGUGCCAUUGGAGUCUGGAAAUUCCAAGAAGGAUAGCGAAACAGACUCUGAUGAAGAACUUGACCCUAAUUCUGCUGAUUUAGAGUCGCCAAAACCUACACUUGAGAUGCCCAAGGAUUCUAAAGAAGAGAUUAAUCCGAUCACCUUCCCCGUGCCGGAUGAAUCUACUGAUGUAAUAAGCCAAUUGAUUAAGAACAUUAGAUUACAUGGAAGAUACACAGAAGCUGGCAAGAUCAGCCAUUGUAGUGAAGACCACCCCCUAAUUUUUCUCAGCAAGCAAAUUGAUGAGGCUAAGGAUGACCAAGUAUGCAAUGGCUGUGGACAGACCAUCUCAUCCCCAUUCUAUCAUUGCAUUCAAUGCAACUUCUCUCUUCACGAGUGGUGCGCUGAUUUACCCAAUGAACUGCAACACAUAUCUCACCCAGAGCACCCACUUCUCUUGAUCACAUAUCACUCUCACGAUCUUCAUCUCCACAAGUGUGGCUGCUGUGGGUUGUUCAGCAACGGGUUCGUCUUUGGCUGCUCUGCUUGUAGAUUCUACCUUGAUGUCAAGUGUGCUUCACUUCCUCGAGUAAUCAAGCACCAAGCUCACGACCACACUCUUGCCUUGAGGAGAGCACGUUCAGAAGGCUGCGAUACAUGCGAAGCAAGUCUCAUAGACAUUGUCUCUGACUAUGCUUUUGUCUGUGAAGCUUGCCAUUUCAAGCUGUGCAUUGGGUGCGCUUUGCUUCCAUUUACCAUUGGGCAUAGAUAUGACAAACAUCCAUUUGCUCUUACUUAUGAUCCCAUCAAAGGCCAGCCAGAUGAGUAUUACUGUGCAAUCUGCGAGGACGAUAUUGAUUCAAUGUGUUGGUUCUAUCAUUGUGUUGACUGUGACCAAUCUUUGCAUCCGACGUGCAUCUAUCCUAUUGAACGUUAUUUGAAUGUCAAGUUUGGACGACGCUUCAAAGUGGAUGAUCACUGCCACCUUCUCAGUUGUGUCCACAAGCCCAAGGGGAAGGAUGAAACUCCUUGCAGCCGCUGUGGCAAACCCUUCCCAAACUCCUCUUACAUAGCGUUUGAAUGUGAGUCGUGUGAUUUUUGGAUCCACCACGUGUGUAAUCCUUCACUGCAGAAUGAGGAAUUUUAUUGAACAUUUGUAAUUGGCACAGUUUUAGUCCGAGCUUAGAUUGUCUCAUUGAUCAUUAAUUCAAUCAUUUUUGUCUUCAGUCCCAUCUGAAACAAUAUUCUAAGUAGUUGUUGACAAAAUCCUAGAUUGUACUUAAAACAUUGAUGCAUGGGAAAAAAUAGCAUCACUUUGACAGGUUGACUUACGUCCCCCCCUCUUUUACACGUGGUCAGGAGAAUCAGCUUGUGGAGGUAAUUUCGUG